AUGCUGACAUUCGUCACACUCUGCGCCUACGCCGCGUCCGUUGCCGCCGUGCCUGCCUGGCAGACGUUCAGUUCGCGUUCGUCAAUUGGCUCGCUCGUCCGAGAUGCGAACGCUCUCGAAGCCGUUGGUCUGCCCUUCAACAGGCGCUUCUUCUUGUCGAUGGAUGGUGCGCCGGGUGGAUCGAGCAAUGCGACUAUCACAGAGGCAUCCUUGCAACAACAGCCACCGCUGUAUUUCUUGAGCAACGACAGGCUUUACCAGUACACCAAUGAGUCGUACAUCAUCCCUGUGAGCGUGCUCAACUCGACGGAGUCGGAGGAGGACCCUAUGCCAUAUAAGGUUGUCAUCGGCUCGGAGCGUGAAGCUGUACAGGGUAUAACAUGGCAGUGGCGUGGACCCAACUUACACGCCGAUUAUCCUGCGACGAAUCGGUCUAACCUCGGUCUCUUCUACUCAUGCAAGAAUACGCACGGGCAAUACGGAACCUACUUACAUUUAGAUGACGGAUCGCAGCUCAACGUGAAAUAUCCGAAGAGAACGCCGACGCCUCAUGGCUGCUAUCUCGUCAAGCUUCUCGACUACAAGUCGGUCUCCGAGGAAGAGGAGGAGAAGAAGCAACAGGCCGUGCUGGCCAGUUGGUGGUAG